AUGCUCCAUAGAAACUACACCAGUGCUGCCCCCGCGACCUUCCCUGGUCUGGGCCAGCCCGAUAUGACCAAGGGACCCCUCUACCGCUACGACACUGCCCUCCCCAAACUGCCUGUCCCCACCCUAGAGGAGACCUGCGCACGCUACCUCAAGUCAGUUCGCCCUCUGCUCAACGACAAGGAGUUCGAGGAGACUACUGCCGCCGUUGCCGAGUUCAAGAAGCCCGGUGGUGUCGGUGAAGAGCUCCAGAGGCGCCUGCUCGCCAAGGCUAACGAUCCCAAGACCGUCAACUGGCUUGAGGACUGGUGGAACGAUCUCGCCUACUUUGGCUACCGUGAUCCCGUCGUCAUCUAUGUCUCGUACUUUUACGUCUACAAGGACGAUUCUAUCCGCACGAAGCCCACCCAGCGUGCUGCCGCCAUCAUUCAGGCCGCCAUGGACUUCCGUAGACAGGUCGUGGAUGAGACUUUGCCACCCGAGAUGGCCAGGAAGAGCCCCCUGGACUCCUCGACCUACAAGUACAUGUUCAACGCCUGCAGAUACCCUGCCAAGCCCAGCGACUUCGAGCUCGCCUUUGACCCCGCCAAGAACAACCACGUCGCCGUCGUCCGCCACAACCAGUUCUUCACCUUUGAUCUGAUCAAGGAUGGCAAGCCUCUGAGCACUGCCGACAUCGAGGCCCAGCUGGACGCCAUCAUCAAGUUGGCUGGCGACCGCAAGGACCCCGCCAUCGGUGCUUUGACCUCGGAUAACCGUGAUAUCUGGACCGAGGCCCGUAAGACGUUGAUCAACGCUGGCUCUCAUAACGAGAAGCUCCUCCGCAAGAUCGAGUCCUCGGUUUUCUUGCUCUGCUUGGACGACUCCAGCCUCGUCACUCGUGAUGAGAUCUCGCGCGCCUGCUGGCACGGAGAUGGCCGCAACCGUUUCUUUGACAAGGCCCUCCAAUUCAUUGUCUUUGAGAACGGCAAGGCCGGUUUCAUGGGCGAGCAUUCUACCAUGGACGGAACUCCCACCUGCCGCUUGAACGACUAUGUCUGCACGUCUUUGGCCAAGAACAAGAUCGAUCACGGAUCUGCCACGGUCUCCUCCAGCUUAGAGGUCCCUCAGAAGCUCAACUUUGCCUUCAACACUGCCGUCCACAAGGCGAUCGAGACCUCGGAGAAGAACUUUGAGGAGCUGAUCAACAAGCACGGCCUCUAUGUCCAGAACUACGAGGGAUAUGGCAAGGGCUUGAUCAAGAAGUUCAAGUGCUCCCCUGAUGCCUAUGUUCAGAUGAUCAUCCAGCUCGCCUACUACAAGAUGCACGGUGUUUCUCGCCCCACCUACGAGUCUGCCCAGGUUCGCAAGUUCCAGCACGGCCGUACUGAGACCUGCCGUACUGUCAGCACUGAGUCAGUUGCUUGGGUCAAGUCCAUGGUGGACCCUCAUGUCUCUGCUGCUGAUAAGACUGCUCUGUUCAAGAAGGCACUCGAUUCGCAUGUGAGCUACAUGGCCAAUGCUGUGGAGGGUAAGGGUGUCGAUCGUCACCUGCUGGGUCUCCGUCUGUCGCUCAAGUCACACGAGAGCAAGCCUACGAUCUUCACCCAGGAGAUUUUCAGCCGCUCGAGCCACUGGAACCUGUCGACCUCUCAGCUGUCGUGCGAGUACUUUGAUGGUUACGGCUGGGGCGAGGUCGUGCCUGAUGGUUACGGAGUUGCCUACAUGAUCAACGAGAACAACCUCAGCUUCAACGUCGCUGCUUUGAACGAAAUGCGUCCUCACCACCUGCACCACUACUUGAAGGAGGCUGCCACUGAGAUGAGGAAGCUGUUUGAGCAAACCUUGCUCGAGGCUCCCAAGUCCAAGCUGUAA